GGUUCAGUCAGAGACGUUGGUUGCAUAGAAAAAUAAUGGUAGUGAAGUUAGUGAAUAACAGGGAGUGAAUAAUGUCAUAUGUGUUAAACACAACUUCAUAAAAUCAAAAGUAACUAGUUCCUUUCUUGUUCUUUGUUUGUUUCUGUGGUUUACCGUAAACAUUUGAUCGCAGAGUAAAAGAGAACUUAUCGCUUCAGUAACAAAAUAUUAUUUGAAAAAUUAAUGUUAUGAUUAAUGUAUAAAAAACCUUUGUGAAUUUUAGGAAAGCGGUUUUGCGUUAAUGCCAAAAACAAUUACCUUUUAGUCAAAUCAGUGAAGCAAGCCACUGGAAGGGCAGUAUUUGAGGUUACAAUGAACAGUAAGAAGAUUGUCUUGUCUUCUACAUAACUGGAGAAUAAACAAUGGCUGAUCAGAAUCAAUUUAACGUUAGCAGCAGCAACCACGAACAAGGGGACGGUUCAGCAACUGCAGCGUUGACUAAAAUUCAUGCAGCGAAUCCGAGCCACAUUACAACAAAGUCAUCUCAACCUGCUUCUCGACAGACAAAUCUCCAAAGGAUACAACAAAAGAAGCAAGCCGUUUUGGCUUUUCCGUAUAGCAAAAAGUUGCUCAAACUAGCAAUUUAUUCCAAAUGUCAAGGUGAAAACUGCAAUUGCACAGGAUGGAAGAAAACAGAAUCUGCUAUUCAAGAACUCACAUUUUCUGACCCCUGUAGAUGUGAACAUGCAUUAGAGGCGCACAUUUCACACUUACGUUGUAAAACAGAAGAUGACUUAAAUAGAUUACUUCGAAUGGUUGUGGAUAUUGAUAACAUGGGCACUGCAAUGAGCCGGGAAGAAAACAUGGACACUAAAAAAGUCUACACAUAUUUGUUUCAUUUACUAAGGAAAUGUAUCCUCACUCUUGAUACUCCAAUUGUUGAAAGUUCUCUAGGACAGCCGCCUUUUGAACAACCGUGCAUUCACAAGGCAGUAACUAAUUUAUUGGUGUACAAAUUUUCUCAUUUGGCACAACAGGAGUGGAAGACAAUGUGUGAAGUGGCGCGAAUACUUCUUCAUUGCUUGAAUACGUGGGAAUUUCCAUCACCGAGUUCUCAGAAACACAUUGUCAGUCAAGAAGAAGCCAGCGUUUAUAAAAUGGAACACACCAGAUGGUUGGUGUUUUGCAAUGUUCCCACAUUUUGUGAUUCUCUUAAACAUUAUGAUACAACUAUGGUGUUUGGGCGUACUUUGCUUCGAGCCGUUUUCAAGUACAUGAAAAAACAAAUCAUGGAUCAAUUUAAUAGAGAAAGAGAUAAAAUGCCCCAAGAACGACGGGUAAUGUUACUCACUCAUUUCCCUCCGUUUUUAAAUCAGUUGGAUGAAGAAAUUUAUGCCCAAGAUUCGCCUAUAUGGGAUCCUGAAUUUAAACACGGCCCUUCUACACAUUUUCAACCUUUGCUGGAAUCAGGGAAAAUAAAAACUAAUGCAGUAUUAGCCAAAAGAGGAUCUAACGAAGUAGAUAAAUCAAUUGCACUUAAUGAAAAAGAUGGGUUUUUAUAUGCUUCAAAAACUAGUAGAAGUUGUGAAGGGCAAGGACGAGAAGCCAAGAGAAAAAGACUUGCUCAAGAUGAACAUUUUGAAGAUAUUUCAAUGGAAACGGUUGCUCAGAUUAUCGCCACAAUUGACGAUCCAAAUUAUAUGACUGGUCCAGAUUUGAUUUUUUCGGAAAAUGCACCAGCUACAGAUGAAGCUCCAAAAUUAGAAGAAAAACGCAAAGUUAUUGAAAUGCACGUCAUAGGAAACAGUUUAACUGAAACUGUAUCGAAAGAGACGAUGUUGUGGUUCAUUGGGUUACAAAAUGUGUUUUCUCAUCAGUUGCCUCGAAUGCCAAUAGAAUACAUCACUCAGUUACUGUUUGAUCCAAAACACCGUACAAUUGCGUUAAUAAAGGAAAAUCGCCCAAUUGGUGGAAUCUGUUUUAGGCCAUUUGAGACGCAGGGCUUUACGGAAAUCGUGUUUUGUGCAGUGACUUUUAGUGAACAAAUUAAGGGCUAUGGUACGCAUCUGAUGAAUCAUUUAAAAGACUAUCAUAUUCGUAAAGGAAUCCUGCAUUUUUUAACUUUUGCUGAUGAAAACGCAAUUGGAUAUUUUGAACGGCAAGGAUUCUCAAAAGAUAUCAAAUUAAAUAGAUCCAUUUAUCAAGGUUAUAUUAAAGAUUAUGAGGGGGCGACACUUAUGCACUGCGAAUUAAACCCAAAAAUAAUCUAUACAGAAUUCACCUCAGUAGUUAGGAGACAGAAAAAAUUCGUCAAACAGUUAAUUUAUCAGCAACAACGAAAUGUAUCAAAAGUUCAUCCUGGAUUGACCUUCUUCAAAGAAGGAGUGAAAAAUAUUCCCAUAGAAUCUAUUCCUGGCUUACAGGAAACAGGUUGGAAACCAGCUGCUCGCGCUACCAGGGGCGCUCAACAGUUGGAGGAAUCUCAAGAUAUCGAAAUUCUAGCAGACAUGUUGAAAAACGUUCUGGUUGCUGUUAAAAAUCAUGAGGAUUCGUGGCCGUUCCGAUUACCCGUUGACAAAAAUGAGGUGCCCGAUUAUUAUGAUCACAUUAAAUAUCCUAUGGAUUUAAAAACCAUGGCAGAAAGGUUAAAAUCCAGAUAUUACGUUUCUAGACGGCUAUUCAUUGCAGACAUGAUGAGAAUUUUCAGAAACUGUAAGAUUUACAAUUCUCCCGAAACCGAGUAUUACCAAUGUGCUGUCAAUUUACAGCAGUAUUUUCAAACAAAAAUGAAAGAAGUUGGAUUGUGGGACAAAUAAAAGUUGUUUAAGAUAAAAACCAAUAUAUUGUGUUCUACAUAAUAAACAGUUUUAUACAAUAUUAUUACAUAAUAAAACGAGUAUCAAUAAUAAUAUAGUAGUAAUAAAAAUGACUAGCAAAA